CAGGUACAUGUUAAGAUUUUUUGGCAGUUUAGCAUGGAAGCAAUUGAUCACCUUACCCUCAUUUCUACCUGUUCUGUCUUAACAAGGGAGAGUGCUCAUAUGAGCAAGAUAUCACAGAAAAACAGUACUCCAGGGGUGAAUGGAGUAAGUGAUAUUCAUACUGAGGCACAUACCAACGGCUUACAGCAGGUUCCUAAGCUGGUGCCUGCUGGCCCUGAGGGAGGAAGCAAAGCUGUGGCUUCCAGCAAGCAAAGUAAAAAGGGUUCCACCAUGGAUCGAAAUAGUGACAAGUAUCGUCAAUGCAGAGAGAGGAACAACAUGGCUGCGAAAAAGAGACAGAUGAAAAGCAAGCAGAAAGCAAAAGAUACACUGCAAAGAGUGAUUCAGCUCAAAGAAGAGAAUGAACAAUUGUAAGAAAAAUUGCUGACUAAAGAAUUAAGUAUACUGAAAGAUUUGUUUCCUGAGUAUGCACACAACUCUGCAGAUAACAUGCAACCUAUUAGCACUGAAAAUACAGAGUCUGAUAAUGCAAGACUGUAGACCUCACUCUUUACACACUUUACAACUUGUGGCUUGAACAUUAAAGGUGUGACCACCUGCAUCACUUAUGUCAAUGUUGUCUUGUUCCAUUA